AUGAUCGUCGUACCGCGAUUACUGCACUCCCGGAGGAGACCCGACUUAGAGGCCGACGACCUCGAGGCAAUAUUUGUCGAAGUAUCGCACCAAACUGGCAAGACACUAAUCUGUUGCGUCUACUGUCCACCUGUCACCCGAGCCUCUUCAUACAACCUGCUCCACCACUCACUCCAACAAGUCAAACCCCAAACUUACACCAAUGUGUGUGUUGUAGGCGACUUUAACGCCCAUAUCGACUGGAAUGACCUCGCAGCCCCCAUACCAUCCGGACCACCUGACGACCAACUCCUCGAUGUGAUGGAGACAUCUGGCUACAUACAGCUGUGUGGGGAGGCGUCCUACGUCUCCCACAACCAAAAUGCGUCCUUCCUUGACCUGGUGUUUGCCAGCAACCCAUCCGUAAUACAGAGCUGUACAGUGCGGCCAAGCCUUGGUGGUUGUGACCACAGUGCUAUUCAUCUGAAUAGCUUAACAUCCUUGCCAAAGGUUGGACACUUCGCGAGAAAAAUACAACUAUUUGAAAAAAUUGACACUGCUCAUCUCGACAUGCUGCUUCACUUGGCAUCAUGGUUGAUAAUGCUGGACAAACCGUCUGCCGACGAGAUGUACGAGACCUGGCUGGACUUCAUGCACGCCAUUGAAAAAGAAUGUGUGCCCACAAAGACUAAAUCGAAGCCCCGCUCAGGCCCGUGGAUCACUGCUCACAUCUUGAAACUAGCCCACCGUAAACAGAAGUUAUUCAGAAAAGUUAAGAAAACCGGAAAUCCGCACAUCCUUAAUCUAGCCCGCCAAGUACAGAGGGAACUAAAGAAGAAAACCCGUGUAUCCUACACGGCCUAUGUGCAGCAUAUCGCAGAGAAGACCGCAAGAAAUCCAAAGCUCUUCUGGUCUUUCGUGAAGCACCACAAAACGACUUCCUCUUCUCCAGUGUUCCAGAACGACGGAAUAACAGUAAGAACAGCUGAAGAGACGGCUGCCAUUUUCAGCACCUACUUUGCGUCUGCGUGGACGCCGCGAGAAAAUCCUCCGGCUCAUUCCUUUCUGGAGGACCAGCCCUCACUUUCCGAGCCUCUUGCACCUUUGGACAUAACCUGUGAUGACACCUGGGAGGCAUUGCAAAGUGUGAACCCGUCCCAACGAGCAGGGCCUGAUGGCAUACACACAGCGUUCUUCAAGGCUUGUGCAAGCAAACUCUGUCCGAUCCUUACCAUCAUGUUCUCAUCACUUCUUGAACAGGGCUCAGUUCCAUCCAAGUGGAAAACAGCUUUGGUUAAACCGAUCCACAAGGGAAACGGCACUUCCGUCACGUCCGUGCGCUCCUACCGCCCUAUCUCUGUUACAUCAGUUGUGUGCAGAACAAUGGAGCAAAUUAUUAACACCAAGAUACUUAAUCAACUGGAGGAGCGGAGCUUACUCACGACUCACUAG